AUGGAGCGUUUUGAGACGUACCUCAUCGCAUCAAAAAACCAGGCACAAACAGAUGAAGAAAAAUGUAGUUUUUUCCUCUCCUGCUGCAAACCUUCCAUGUUCACCUCUGCCAGGGCUUUGGCCACUCCCAGGCCAGCGUACACACUUGGCUGGGACAACUUAAUGGCCAGGCUGAAGGGACAUUAUGCCCCGACUCCUUCAAAAAUCGCCCGCCGGUUCGCAUUCCGCCGCCGGGUACAAAAGCCGGGCGAAUCCAUAAGUCAAUUUUUGGAAUCCCUACGCACCACUGCCGCCCAGUGUGACUUUUCAAACUUGGAGGAAAACCUGGUGGAGCAAUUUGUGUGUGGAGUGCGGGACGUCCACCUGAGAAGCCGAAUGUUCCGAAACCACGACAUCACGCUGCUGCAAGCGGUGGAGACUGCCAGAGUGGCUGAACUCUCGGAGCAGUCCACCGCUGACCUAGAACGGUUGCAGCUGGCCUCUCAGGCACCAGGGACCAUUCCGCACGCUCCACCAGCAUCCCAGAUCUAUGAGGUUGACGAACUGCCACCUCCCGAUGAUCCGUCCUCCGAAACUGUGGGGCAGUUGCGGGCGCAACCGCGGCGAAGACAGCCUACACCAACAGCAGCACCUCCUGCCACCAGGUCCGCCUGUCUCAGCUGUGGUGGCCGCCACGACCACUCAGUCUGCCAAUUCCGGAACACUAUCUGCCACCGUUGCCAGAAGCCGGGGCACAUUGCCCAAGUCUGCCGGGCAUCCUUGCCUGCCCCCGCCUUCUUCCAGGCCAAGCGCAAUCUAAACCGCAGCCGCGCCGCCAGCCACCGCGGCCAACCCGCCGGGGAGAUGACUGCCACAACGUGUCCUUGCCGCAAGCUGCUGAGGGCUCGGUCAGCCAGGCCUCCGCCGGAGCCCGGAAGAUCGCAGCCACCAUCCAGCUGGAAGGCCCAAGGCAUCCACCCCACACCUUCCAAGGUUGCAGCCAUUAGGAACGCCCCUGCACCCACCUCCAAGGCGGAGCUGCAGGCGUUCCUGGGGCUUCUUAACUUCUACGCCCCCUUCAUUCCUCACAAGGCGUCACUAGCCGAGCCGCUGCAUCGGUUGCUCGACCGAUCCGCGGCCUGGCGCUGGGGGAGCCGCGAAGUGCAUGCGUUCGCGGCUGUCAAAGAGACGCUGACGUCAUCGGCAGUCCUGAUUCAAUACAAUGACAGGAUGCCUCUGACGCUAGUGUGUGACGCCUCCCCCUACGGUGUUGGGGCGGUCCUGAGCCAUGUCCUCCCGAAUGGCUCGGAGGCCCCGGUGGCCUUUUAUUCCCGGACACUCUCCUCGGCGGAGCGCAAUUACAGCCAGAUCGACAAGGAGGCUCUGGCUGCAGUGUCCGGGAUUAAGAGGUUUCACGAUUACCUCUACGGUCGGACUUUCACUCUUGUCACUGACCAUAAGCCGCUCCUUGGGCUUUUGGCAGGUGACAAGCCGACCCCCUCCAUCCUCUCCCCCCGCAUGACAUGUUGGACGGAAUUCCUUGCAGCGUACUCUUAUAUGCUGCAGUACCGUCCUGGCAAGCAGCUAGGGCACGCUGCCCUGAGCCGCUGCCCCUUGCCGGAGACUGACACCGCCCCUGUGCCAGGCCUCUCUGUCCUUACAAUUGCGUCUUCCGGCCUCCCCAUCUCUGCCGCGGAUGUCGCGGCCUACACAAAGGCCGAUCCAAUCCUCUCCCAGGUCUCUUCCUGGGUCUUGAGGGGAUGGCCUACAGACAAAGUGGCAGAGGGCUUUCGGCCCUUCAAAACUAGGCAAGCGGAGCUCUCCCUCCACGGGGGGUGUCUCGUUUGGGGGGAUCGGGUAGUGAUCCCUGCUGCACUUCGGCCACAAGUUCUGCCUCUGCUCCACAAGGAUCACCCAGGCAUAGUGCGGGUGAAGGCUUUGGCCCGUAGCUAUGUCUGGUGGUCCUUGUUGGAUUCAGAGAUAGCGGCCUAUGUAGGCCGCUGCACUACAUGCCAACAGUCCAGGCCCAACCCCCCCGCCGGGCCUGCUCGCAAGUGGGAGGCUCCGAGAGGCCCAUGGUCACGCCUGCACAUUGACUUCGCUGGUCCCUUCCACGGCCAGAACUUCUUAAUUGUGGUGGAUGCCUACUCCCGGUUGGAGCUGGUCCUGAUGGGCUCCACCACGGCCGAGAGUACGGUCCGGGCCUUAAGGAGGUUAUUUGCAACCCAUGGGUUGCCGGACAUAAUUGUUUCAGACAACGGGCCCCAAUUUACGUCCACCACCUUUCAAGGGUUCCUGGCUGAGCAAGGGAUCCGGCAUGCGCCCACAGCACCGUACCACCCGGCCAGCAAUGGCCGGGCGGAGCGGGCGGUCCACUCAGAAAAGGAGGCCCUGGGCCGCAUGGACCGGGGCGACUGGCAGGCGAGAGUGGCGGCUUACCUGCUAAGCCAGCAUUCCACCCCCUGCCCAACAACCAACAAAAGCCCCGCGGAGCUCUUGAUGGGCCGGCGCCUGCGGACUUCCCUGGAUAGGCUCCAUCCGCUCUAUUCAGGGGAUCAGCCGAGCAACCUGGGGGUCCUCCCCGCCCGUUCCUUUAAACUAGGGGAUCUGGUCUGGGCCCGCUCCUUCUCCGGGGACCCCCAAUGGGUUCCUGCCACUGUAACCGCCCUGACAGGCCCCUGUUCUUUUAGGGUCGGACUGGCUGACGGAUCCCAAUGGAGGCGCCACCUGGAUCAACUGAGGAGGCGCCUCCCGCCACAGGCCGGCAACCCGGGCCACUCUCAAGACAACACCGCACACCCGGGGUUGCCGAAUGAGGCCUUCGCUGAACCAGGCCUCGCCUUUCCAUUGCCAGACGGUGAAGAUGCUCAAACCGAGAAAAUACGUCAUCGGGCCUUCGCAACACCAGGCCCGGCCUACCCGAGCGCCCCCUUCCGGGGAGCCCGACAGACUGCUCAAACCGCCGCAGCAGAGGCCCCACCUAUCGCUCCUACCCCCAGUGACUCUCCUCCCAUUCCAUACACUGUAGCUAGGGACGCGCCAACACAGCCCAGCCUACCUAUGUCGUUGAGCCCGCCUUCUGGGCCUUUCCAAGAUGGCGUCCCUUGGAGCUGCACCCCCUUCAGGGAGGAGCUACUACAAGCAGGUCCACCUCCGCCGACGACUCCUGUAGAA